AUGGAUCCCCAGGAUAAAAUGUGGAAGCUACGUCCUAUUAUCACUAGGUUACAGGAAUCCUUUUUAAAAUAUUACAGGCCAACAGAACAUAUGAACUAUGAUGAAUCCAUGAUGAAAUACUUUGGUCGACAUAACUGCAAACAGUUCAUUAGAGGAAAGCCAAUUCGAUUUGGUUACAAAGUGUGGUGCCUGAACUCUGAAAACAGCUACCUUGUAAACUUUGAUAUCUAUCAAGGUAAAUCGCCACGACCAAACGAACCGUAUGAGGCAGCUUUUGGAAAAGCUGCGGCUCCGCUUGUUGUUAUGCUAGAUAAGUUACCUACACGGAACCUGCCUUACCAACUUUAUGUAGAUAAUCUUUUUACUAGUUUCAAUUUACUAGUCUAUUUGAAAGAGAGGGGAUAUGGUGUGACAGGAACCAUAAGAGAGAAUCGAGUCCCUAAAGACUUUCCUCUUGAAAAGAAAUCUAUGACUAAGGCAAAUAGAGGAACUUUGGUGGCAAAAAUUGAUAAGGAGGAUGGUAUCAUUUUGAUGAGGUGGAUUGAUAACGCCGUUGUCACGGUGGCCUCAACUUCCUACGGUAUGAAUCCCAUUCAGCAGGUCAAAAGAUACUCCCAAACAGAAAAGAAAAUCAUACAAGUUCCACGCCCACAUGCAAUUGGAAUGUAUAAUAAAUAUAUGGGUGGGACCGAUCGAAUGGACGAAGAUUUAGUCCGAUACCGAAUAAGCAUUCGAAGUAAAAAAUGGUACUGGUCAAUACUAACCUGGUUAGUUGAUGCAGCUAUAAAUAAUGCCUGGAUUCUGUAUAAAUGCUCCGGAAGGCAGUCAACAAACUUGAAUUUUCGAAGAGAAAUAGCCACUACUUAUCUCAAAAAGUUCAAAAACAGCCCCAAAGGAGCUGGUAGACCAUCGACCAGCAAAUACAGUGUAUCACUGAACCGAGUCUCGGACGAUAUAAGGUAUGAUACUGUAAAUCAUCUAAUUGAACAUGUCCCUAACAAGAAACGUAGAAGAUGUGCUGGAGAGGGAUGCUCAUCUGUUGGCCGGACACAAUGUGCAAAAUGUGGAGUUGGCCUGUGCGUCGAGUGUUUCGUCAUAUUUCAUAAGCAAUGA